UGAAGAAUAUCAACAUUGCGAAUAUUAACAGCAGAUUAUCCGAGUAUAUAAAUAUCAUGGAUGGCAAAGAAACAUGUAAAUGUUGGAACGAUAUUGAUCCCGGUGAGGAAAUCGUUAUUUCUGGUAUUGCUGGCAGAUUUCCUAAUUCACGUGAUAUGAAACAUUUUAAAGAAAAUUUAUUUAAUAAAAUUGAUCUUGUAAGAGAAGAUCAUAACCGAUGGCAAAUAGAUCAUGCGGAAUUUCCACGUCGUAUGGGAACUGUCAAUAAUGUAGAAAAAUUUGAUGCGGAUUUUUUUGGAUUGUCUUUCGAGCAAGCACAUAUGCUUGUACCUGAAGCGAGAAUAUUAUUGGAACAUUCUUAUGAAGCAAUUAUCGAUGCGGGGAUCAAUCCAAAACAAUUACAAGGAAAAAAUACUGCCUUAAUUAUAGGGACAUCUUGUAUUGAAUCACAAGAAAAGCUCAUAUUUAAAGACACUAAGUCAAGAGGUCAGAACAUUUUUGGAUGCCAUAAAUCUGCAACGGCAAAUAUGAUUUCGUACUGUUUGGAUCUGAAAGGACCAUCUUGUACCAUUGAUACAGCAUGCAGUUCUAGCCUUCAUGCUAUGGCUGUUGGUUAUAAUUAUAUCAAAUCAGGAAAAUGCGAAGACGCAAUAAUUGGAACAGCACAAUUAUGUCUUUAUCCCAUGAUAAAUUUGCAAUUCGCUCGACUUGGUGUUUUGUCAAACAACGGUUAUUGCAGACCAUUUGAUACCGCUGCUAACGGUUAUACGCGUAGUGAAACAAUUGCAGUAGUAUACCUUCAAAAAGCGAAAAAUGCUAAGAGGAUUUAUGCCAUAUUACCGCAUAUUAAACUAAAUAGCGAUGGUUACAAAGAAGAAGGAAUAACAUAUCCUUCAUCACAAAUGCAAUAUACCUUAUUAAAGGAAUUUUACGAAGAAUACAAACUACCAACAUCUUGUUUGGAUUAUAUCGAAGCACAUGGUACCGCUACCAAAGCUGGUGAUCCACAAGAAGUUAAUGCUAUCUAUAACAGUUUGUGUAAAAAUAGAGAAACUCCAUUAAUGAUCGGCUCCGUGAAAUCUAAUCUCGGGCAUUCUGAGCCUGCAAGUGGUUUUAAUCAGAUCGCUAAGGUAAUAAUAGGAUUCGAAACUGGUUUUGUUCCACCAAAUAUUAAUUAUACAUCGCCAAGGAAAGAUAUAGAUGCCUUAUUAAAUGGGAGCAUUCGUGUCAUCCAAGAACAAAUGCCACUCAAAAACGGUUGUGUAGGAAUCAAUUGUUACGGUUUUGGAGGAUCAAACGCUCAUAUGUUAUUGAAGUGGAAUCCCAAACAGAAAAUUAAUAAUGGAGCACCAAAUGAUGAUUUACCUAGACUUGUCAUAUUAUCUGGACGUACUGAAGAAUCUGUGAAGUUAUUUUUAAAUGAUAUUGCUAACCAUCCAAUAGAUGUAGAAUAUAUUCGCCUGUUACAUGAUAUUCAUGCAGACAAUAUAACGGGUCAUCCAUGGAGAGGGUAUAUAAUAUUGAAUUCUUUUCAACAAGAUUCAAUAAAGGAAAUCCGAAAUUAUGAAGGCUUGAAUAGACCUGUCUGGUUUAUAUUUUCAGCCUUAGGUUCGCACUGGCCAGGAAUGGGUCAAAACUUAUUAAAGUUCCAUGUCUUUGCUAAAGCGAUAAGAAAGUGCGAUGAUAUUUUAAAGCCGUAUGGUAUAAGUAUCAUAGACAUUAUGACAAAAAUGGAAGAAAGCAUAUGCGAAAACAGGUUAAACAUUUUUCUCGAAAUCGUCGCCAUUCAGAUUGGCUUAGUAGAUCUCCUAACAUCUUUAGGAAUUACUCCUGAUUACAUGAUUAGUCACUCUGCUGGUGAACUUGGUUGUGCAUACGCAGAUAAGUGCCUCACUAUUGAACAAACUAUUUUAUCAGCAUACUUUAUUGGUUUGGCAUGUGCCGAUGAAAAAAUAAUUCAUAGCUCGAUGAUGGUUGUCAAUAUCAAUUACGAGCAUCUUAAAAAUAUAUGUCCAGCGAAUAUUGAAAUAAUAUGCUACAAUAGUGACAACAGCAGCGUCGUAUGUGGAUCAAAGGAAUCCAUAGAAGAAUUUAUGAAAAAAUUACAGGUCAACAAUAUUUACGUGAAGAAGAUCAACUGCAACAUACCAUUUCACAGUUCUUACGUUGCAUCCGUGGAAAGUCAGCUUCUGCUUAAUUUAAAUAAAAUAAUACCAUGCCCAAAAAAACGGAGUUCAAAGUGGAUCAGCACUUCUAUACCUCGCACCAAAUGGUUUACUUCAACAUCAAAGUUAUCAUCGGCAGACUAUCACACUCAAAGUACAUUAAACAAGGUCCUUUUUUCACAAACAACGGAAUUAAUUCCAAGUAACGCUGUGGUCAUCGAAAUCGCACCAGACGAUGUUCUACACUACAUUUUGACAAGCUCUUUACCUCUAAACGUGACAAACUUAGUAUUAACACGACAAACCGAAAAAAAUAUUAAUACAAUUCUACAAGGAAUUGGAAAGCUUUACAAUUGCGGUUUACAGCCACAAGUUGCCAAUUUGUACCCAUCAGUUGAAUUUCCAGUUAGUCGAGGAACUCCUAUGAUUUCUCCAUCAAUCAGAUGGGAUCAUUCUGAAAAUUGGUUUGUACCGAAAGAAAAACUCGAGUUUAUAGAAUCGAGAGGAAGAUAUGUCAAUAUUUUACUCAACGAUGAGGAUUAUGAAUAUAUGAGCGAUCACGUAAUUGAUGGGAAAAAUUUGCUACCCGCGACAGGUUAUUUGGGACUCAUAUGGAAAACUAUUGGCAUGAUGAAAGGACAAAUAUACACAACGAUACCGAUAGUUUUCCAAGAUGUAAAAUUUAUUCGUGCUAUUCAUUUGUCGAAAAAUGAUACUGUGCAACUAUAUAUUGCAAUACAGACAGAUGGAAAGUUUGAAAUAACGGAAGGAGAUAACGUUAUUGUAACAGGUACAGUAUACGAGACAUUGAAUCCAGAACAAGAAAUGAUUCCGACAGAUCUCUUACCGAAGAAUAAUGAUGUUGAUGAAGAUAUGACUGCACGAGAUAUCUACAAAGAGUUGAAAUUGCGUGGAUACCAAUAUAGGGGUUCAUUUCAGGGAUUAAAGAGUAUCUCUGUUUCGGGAUCCCAAGGACAUAUCGUUUGGAAAAAUAGUUGGGAAACAUUUAUGGACAUUAUGUUACAAAUGCUAAUUUUCAGAUAUGACACUAGGGAUUUGUAUGUUCCAACGAGUAUACAAAAAUUAGUGAUCAAUCCAAUGCUUCAUGCUUCGAAGCUGCGUGAAAGCAUAGAUAAUGCAAAAGUUACAACAGACACAGAAAAACUGUUACAGGUACAAGUGUACAAAGAGAUAGACAUGAUAAAAGCUGGUGGUAUAGAGAUUCGAGGUCUGAAAGCUACUCAGAUCUUUCGCCGGAAUUUAACCCAAGAUGCUGUUAUCGAGGAACACACGUUUGUAGCUCACUGUGAUCGCGCUAAUAUUUCCUUGAACGAAGCAAUUCGGUUAUCUGCUCAACUCGUAUUGGAAGAUCAUCAAAUUAUAAAAAUGCAAGUCACUGAAUUAGUAGAAGAUGUCGAUGAUGUUGAAUUAAAAUAUCUUUCAUCUUCGUUGCUACUUGAGGCAUUUGGUGAUAUACCACUGAUACAAGUGAAUGUCACACUAUUAACAUCACCAAAUCGUUUCAAGCCAGAAGAUUUACCGCAAAAUUUCUCAAUCAAAGAUUUUGAAAAGUCUUUAGAUGACAAAACUUUAAUUAUUGCUGGAUUUAACCUUUUGACCAAACAACAUGCAUCAUUACAGCGACUGUUGCCAUUUUUGGAAAAGGGUGGUUAUCUGUUAACUCGUGAGAAGUGCGACUUAACUGAUUAUAAAAAACAUUUGCAGCAAUACAAAUUAAACGUUAUACUCGAAAAACGCACUGAUAAAGAAUUAGUUGUGCUUCUGAAAAAAAAAGUUUCAAUAAGAGAAAAGACUGUUGUUUACAUAAGUAAUGAUAACUUUAAUUGGUUGGAGAAUCUAAAAUCGCUUUUGAGCGACGAGAACAAGAAUAAUAGAAUUAUAAUUGUAGGAGAGAAAAAUUUUGAGUGCGGUUUAUUAGGUUUUAUUAACUGCUUGAGAAAAGAGCCAAGUGGAGAAAUUGUUAGGGGUGUGCUCCUUCAAGAUGAACAGGCACCUAAAUUCUCUCUUGAAGACCCCUUCUAUCAAGAACAAUUGCAGAAAGAUAUGACCAUUAAUGUGUUGCGAUCUAAUAAAACUUGGGGAUCAUACAGACAUUUAAAAUUGCCGCGACCCGAAGCCGUACCUGUACCUACCGCUCAUGUCUGUCAAAGGGUUCGAGGAAACUUAAAUACAUUCUGUUGGAUAGAAAAUAAUUUAUCUCUUGUGUCUCGUCGUGAGGAUUUAGUGCACGUUGUCUACUCGUCUUUGAAUUUUAAAGAUGUAAUGUUCGCCACUGGUAAAUUGACAUUUCAAAGUACGACUUUAAAAGAACGAUUAUUUCAGUAUGUACCUCUUGGAAUAGAAUUCGUGGGUUUCGAUGCUAACGGACAACGUAUAAUGGGAAUUCGUGACACCGAUUGCAUAGCAAACGUCAUUACGAAAGAUGAAAAUCUUUGUUGGAAGAUACCCGAUAUGUGGACAUUUGAAGAAGCGGCAUCAGUCCCGUGCGUUUAUAGCACGGUUUAUUUAGCCUUAUACAUUUAUGGAAAAAUGAAAAAGGGCGAUAAAAUACUUAUACAUUCUGGUACUGGAGGUAUUGGACAAGCAGCUAUUCAUCUCGCUCUUAAAGAAAGAUGCGAGGUGUUUACUACCGUCGGCACAAGUGAUAAACGAAGCUUUCUUAAGAAAAUGUUUCCGAACAUUCCGGAUAAUCAUAUUGGAAAUUCUCGAGAUACGAGUUUUGAACAAAUGAUAAUGCAGCAGACGAAAGGUCGCGGCGUCGACAUUGUGCUAAAUUCAUUGGCGGAAGAAAAGUUAAUCGUGUCUGUUCGAUGUUUAGCUCAAAAUGGUCGAUUCUUAGAGAUUGGAAAAUUUGAUCUUGUAUCUAAUAAUUCCCUGAAUAUAUCUGAGUUUAAUAAAGGUAUUAGCUUUCAUGGGAUUAUACUGGAUAAUAUGUUCAAAGGUGAUCACAAAUAUAAGUCCCUAUUGUUCAAAAUGAUAGCCAAUGGUUUAAAAAAUGGAACAAUUAAACCAAUUCAAACAAAAAUUUUUCCAAAAACUGAUAUUGAAGAAGCUUUCAGGUUUAUGGCCAGCGGGAAACACACAGGAAAGAUAAUUAUAAAUAUUCAUGAGAAGGAUGAACCUUUAGAUAAGCACAUUCUCGCGUAUCGUCGCUAUUAUUGUCUCAAAGAUAGGAGUUACAUUAUAUUAGGAGGUCUAGGCGGAUUUGGUUUAGAAUUAACUGAUUGGCUUAUAAUUCGUGGUGCCAGAAACAUCGUUCUGAUUUCAAGAAAUGGAAUAAAAAACGGUUAUCAACGCAUGAAAAUUCGACUAUGGAAAUCGUACGGCGUAAACGUUCUGAUCAUCAAGAAUAUCGAUGUUGCUGAUCUCAAAGAUUGCGAAUAUAUUUUAAGGACUGCAGAAAAAGAAGCUCCAGUGGACGCUAUAUUCAAUCUGGGUGUGGUACUGAAAGAUGACAUCUUCAAAAACCAAACUGCAGAAUCAUUUGCAGAGUCCUUCCAAUCGAAGGCUCGUGCAACGCAAAUGCUGGAUAAACUUUCUAGGAAAAUCUGUCUUAACUUGCGGCACUUUGUGGUGUUCUCUUCCGUUUCCUGCGGCAGAGGAAACGCUGGUCAGACGAAUUAUGGCAUGGCCAAUUCCAUCAUGGAGAGAAUUUGCGAGAAAAGAGCGGAGGAAGGAUUACCAGGAUUGGCGAUUCAGUGGGGAGCUGUGGGUGAUGUGGGUCUUGUUGCCGAUAUGCAGGAGGACAAUAAAGAAUUAAUUAUCGGUGGCACUCUACAGCAAAAGAUAUCCUGCUGUCUCGACGAGCUUGAUAAGUUUCUACUUCAAAGUCGGCCCAUUGUAAGCAGCAUGGUUGUAGCUGAAAAAAAAAAGAAAUGUCAAGGAAAUCUGAUAGAAACAAUUGCUGAUAUUUUAUGUAGGUGCUCCUAUGGAGACUGUACAAGAGAUUCGAAAUCUUACUUUCGCAAAACUCCUUAA